CACACACACCAGAUGGCAGCAGUCAUAUGAAAACACUGCCCCAGGAGCCGUGGACGUGGGGGAGGUCCCUUCACCUACUGUUUUAUUAGUAAAUUAGGCGUAUAACAACUCCGCCAUCAUGAGUAUAUUACAAAAAAUAGCCGACAUCGAGGCUGAGAUGGCCCGCACACAAAAGAAUAAGGCCACCAUGGGUCAUUUAGGUUUACUGAAGGCUAAACUGGCAAAACUGAAGCGAGAAUUGAUUACCCCAAAGGGUGGUGGUAGUGGUGCCGGUGAAGGUUUUGAUGUUGCAAAAACUGGAGAUGCACGAAUUGGUUUUGUUGGUUUUCCAUCAGUGGGUAAGUCAACACUACUGAGCAACCUGGCUGGUGUUUACUCAGAGGUAGCAGCAUAUGAGUUUACCACCCUCACUACUGUGCCUGGUUGUAUAAAGUACAAGGGAGCCAAAAUUCAGUUGCUUGAUCUUCCUGGCAUCAUUGAGGGAGCUAAGGAUGGUAAGGGCAGAGGUAAGCAAGUUAUUGCUGUAGCUCGAACCUGUUCCCUUAUCUUCAUUGUCCUGGAUGUGUUGAAGCCCCUUGGUCAAAAGAAGCUGCUUGAAAAAGAACUGGAAGGUUUUGGCAUCAGACUGAAUAAGGAACCACCUCAGAUUACAUUCCGCAGAAAGGAGAAAGGUGGGGUGAAUCUUCAGUGUGUUGUGCAACAGACUGAGCUAGACAUGGAGCUUGUCAAGACAAUUCUUGCAGAAUACCGUAUUCAUAAUGCUGAUAUUGUGCUCAAGUACGAUGCCACAGCUGAUGACUUGAUUGAUGUGAUAGAGGGUAACCGGGUCUAUAUCCCUUGCAUCUAUCUUCUUAAUAAGAUUGAUCAGAUCAGCAUUGAAGAAUUGGACAUCAUCUAUCGGAUCCCUCACUGUGUGCCAAUAUCUGCUCAUCACAAGUGGAACUUUGAUGAUUUGCUGGAAAGGAUGUGGGAGUACUUGAACCUCUGCAGAAUCUACACCAAGCCCAAAGGUCAGCUGCCAGACUACAGUGCCCCAGUUGUACUACGAGCCGAUAAAAAGACUAUUGAAGAUUUUUGUAAUAAAAUUCAUCGCACCAUCAUAAGAGAGUUUAAAUAUGCCCUAGUGUGGGGAAGUUCAGUCAAGCAUCAGCCACAGAAGGUGGGAAAAGAACAUGUCUUGAAUGAUGAAGAUGUUGUCCAGAUAUGUAAGAAGGUUUAAAAGUUCUACUCACAGAUUUACCACUGGUUAAAUACUUCAGGAAGGAAAGAGCAGGCUAGUAGUUGAAGUUAUCAAUUUCAAAAGGGCCCAGUUAUAAAGUACUCAUCAAUGACACUAAUAUGCAAAAUUUUAUGUAAAUUUUAUUGCUAAUGUUGUUUACAUUUCUUAACUGACAGUUUUUAUUCUUAUUUAAUUUUUUCUCCCGACAUAGAAUUAGUUAUAGAGUUUGACAUUGGGUGUUGUUAAGUAGGUACUGGACAUGUAAGACAAGAGAAGUGAGGGUAUGUGAUAUGACUACAGUACCAUCCUCAGAAGGAAGUAGGGAACUUGUGUCCCUUUAUCCAAUGAUCACUAAAGUACAGGAGAUUAUGUAGGUAUCCCUUAAAUGAUAGAAAAUUAAUUAUUUAUCCCAGGUAAUACUAUAUAUAGUGGUAUAAGAGUAUCAAAAUUAGUUAAACUAGAAUUUGACAUUAGUGUCUUUGUGGGUUGGAAGCUGUUAUAAAUGUGCAUUAAUGUGCUUCUGUUCUGCAAGCUAAGGGCAAAGCAUCUACAGUGUAGAUAUGUGUUGAAACAUAGGCAGUUUUUCUGAUUCACAAGAUAUAACAAUCAUAUAAAUGAAAGUGACAAAAAGUUAUCAAACCAUUGAACACAGUUCUGUUCAUAUACACACAAGUCUGAGUAUAUACUGUACAUGAACUAGACUGUACUAAUUUUAGACUUUAAAGCAAACUACAUUCAUUUAAGGUGAUUGCUCAUAAAAAACAAAAGCUGAUCCAGUAUCUUUGAUCAAACUGAUCACUCUUGGAUGAGAGGGAACCUGAACUUAUGUUUUCAUCAAUAACAUUAGAGCUAUAAAUACAAAUAAAUAAUUUACACAGUAUAUUUGGAUUGUUAUGUUUGUUUUCCUUCCCAAGAUUCAUACUAAGAAUUUUAUAUUACAUGAAUAAUUAGAUUCUUUCCUGCUUUUCACAAAUUUGAAGUGCCUUUAAAUGUGAGUUUUUCCUUCAUACAAUUUCCCACUGUGUGGGGUAGCUUAAGAGAAACAUGGAUGAGGAGAAUAAAAUUUGAGAAAU